AUGGUGGAUUCAGCAUUUAUUUCUACCAAGACGGGUCGUUUCAUAGAGCUUGGCUUUGCAUCAAAGGGACCUGAACCUUUCAUGGGACUUGACGAACAGGACACGUUGCCGCGACAAGGUGAGUUACUGGACAGCCACCUCCGCUAUCUCAACCCAACAUGUUAUACCUCAUUCCUUCAAGAUCACGCAUGUACAGCACAUGAUCAGUGGUAUCUUGACUUGCCAGUCUAUAAGAAUUGGUUGGACCGAGUGUCAGAUGGCCGUCUUCUUUGGAUACAUGGCCCAACUGGAAUUGGUAAAUCCUCUGCCGCCGCUCACAUCGUCCAGCAAUGUUUAGAUAUCGCCAUUCAGCCUGCAAAUGAAUCCGCUGUGGUGUAUUUCUUUUUCAAUGACUUGACUGAAGACAGAAGGACCAUCACGUCCUUUCUGGUCACCGCUAUCGCACAACUGUUCACUCAACGACCAGAGCUUUGCUCGCGUGUGCCACUUACUUAUAUCCCACUGAUUGAAGGGGUUCCGCGGGACCAUUUAUGGGCCGCGUUCGAGUCGUUAUUGGCGAGUUUCGCCUAUUCCUACUGUGUUUUGGAUGGUGUCCCCAUGCCCGAGUUGUCAGCUCUGGUGGGUAAAAUGCAGCGUCUUUCCUUGCGUGCUUGCUCAAAUCUGAGGCUCCUCAUCACGAGCUGCAUCCCACCGAGUGAAACCCUAGCCGAAUCGUCGCGAUUUUGGGCUGAAAUACAACUUCCGCAUGCUAGUCAAGAGGGAUCAGGUGCCUGUCCAUCAGCGAAUUACAGCACGGUCUUUUCCCUUGCACGGAGACUGCAGGGUGGUUUCUAUUGUUCCAUCAUUGCGAACAAAGCGGGUCUCGAUAUCAGAGACAUGGAUAGUCUUCUUUCUAUCCUCAUUCAGCGGCUGAAGGGCAAAGAACCAUUGAUUCGCGAGCGUGCAUACAAGAUUCUCCAGUGGAUGAUUGUAUCCCCGGUUGCAUUGACCAUAGCCGAGCUGGACCAGCUUUUAUCGCUGCUUCCAGCAUCACAGCAAGUGAUUCGAGCGGAAUCAGUUAUCCGAGAAUGCCUCCAGGGAUUGGUAGAUUUACCGAAUAGUCAGGGUUAUGUGCAAUUUGCAGUCCCUCCUGUACGGAUUUAUAUUGUAUCUGGAAGGGCGUUCCAUACGGCCUUCACGGAAGACACGCCUAUUCCUUUGGUCAAGGUGUACCGAAAUGCGGCACUUGACACUCUGAAGUAUCUCGCUACAUGGAGACCUACAGGAGACAUCAGGCAAUCAACUUCGGGUAGUAGGUCUAUGGCCUCAUGGGAUCUCAAGCUCCUUGGGUCAUCUUGGCUCCAGUUUGUGACCCAAACUACGCCAGACUGCGAGAUGUUGUCUGCUCUCAAGACAGUCUUGAAUCAGGUUUCUCACCGGCUAUGGUUCCAAUCUCUUGCCAGACAAGAUCCGGAUACUGCUCUGAUACAGGUGUACGAUGUUCCCUUGAUCAAGUGGCUUCAAAAAAGCCAUGAUGUUGGGAGUGCAGCAGCUAUCGGGACGCUGCUUGGUCACUACCGUAAUAAAGUGAUCCAGAUCAUCUCAACGGCACGGCCAUCAGAUCCAACCAGACUCGUGAGGACUAUCAACUGUCUCGCUCAGCUGCAUCUGUUGUCAAAUCUCCCAGAUACGGCUGAAGAACUGCUUCGACAAUGUCUCCGGGUUGUGCGCACCUGGCAAAUCCCAAAAGACACAUCUGGUGGACCUCCGUUCUAUAUAUUCGGUCACACAGUCGACACAGGUCAGCUUUUGACGGUCAGAAAUACUCGAGGCCAAACCAUGGGGCUUCAUGCGAAGCCGUUUAAUACUCUGCUUGCUCAGGCUGAAUGUCUGGUCGACACACAGAUCGUUCGAAAGCGGAUACUAGAGAACUUAUCCCGAAUGCAGCGACUAGUUCAUCAAGGUCUUCAUCGAGAGGCUGGUCUAGUUCAUCGCACAAUCACUCAACAGUUCACACCUCUCCGCUGGGACGGGGCGAUUCUGGAGGACACUAUGAUUCACUUAGCCUUCCUUCUUUGGGACCAGGGACGAAUUCCUGAAAUCAACUCCCUCCUCGCCGAAAAUGUUCCUGAAAUUGAACCAAAAAACGCCAUCGUGUUGGUUUGCUGCUCUAUGGGUGCAGCUAUUAACAGGGAGACCCAUCGCGGUAUGGUAGAUGCAAAGAUAGAUGGGUCUGGAACUGGCAGGGAGGCCAUAGAGAUCAUAGAGCGACUCGGAAAAUACUAUCUGAACCAAGGUGACGGGGAGGAUGCCGUUCAUUUGUACGAGAGAGCUUGUCAAAAAACCGGCGGCUACAAUAUCCACGACUCUCUCCGAUUCAACUGCCUCAAAGGGCUCAUCGCGGCCUAUCUGAUGGUGAGUAAUCUGUCUGCUGCUCAUAGCAUCCUCCAACAAAUUGGAUCACUGUCCAUCCCUCAGAUCCGGGAGAUGACACCGGAUCAACGGGCAGCAAAAGUAAAUUGGGCCAUUGUGCUUCAGCAAAUCGGCCUGGAACAUCUCGCAUUCGACAUAAUCGACGAUUUGGCGGUUUCCCUCCAAGGGAUGGAGUUGGGAGAGCAUGAUUCAACUAGGGAAGAAACAAUGACCAGCAUCAUGCGUAUCACUACUGCAGCGUUUCAGGUCAAACGACAACAAUACAAGGAGGCCGAAUCUCUCCUGAGGAAAGCGCUGGCGGAUAAUACAUUGUCACAGCCUCAGGUCAUAGCUGCGAAACAGAAUUUGGGAAUUGUGCUUCGGCAUCUAGGACGGACGGCAGAAGCACAAGGGGUCAGUUCCGACGUUGAAGCGUAUGCCCGUGCUGCCGGUUCACAUGGCCAGGAGAUGAUCCAGGGAGCAUAUUUGCUAGGAUAG